UUAUAAAUAAUUAUUUGAUCUACCGAACAUAGUAAUUACACCAAUUACGCCAAAUUCCAAUUACAUUUGCCUUUCCAAACCUUGUUUGAGGAGAAAACACACACAAGAAAGAGAAAGAGAUUGAGAAUGCAUAAACUGAAAGUUUUGGUAUCACUGAGUAAACCCUUUCGGAGAAAUGAUUCGAGCUUUUACUAUUGUAGACAGUUUUCCGCUCAACCCAGUUACGCCCAAGUCGAUUAUCUUCAAGAACAGGUUUUGGUUGAAGGAAGGGCUAAAUCAAGAGCAGCUAUUCUAAAUAGACCAUCUGCUCUUAAUGCUCUUACUCCUUAUAUGGCUGGUCGAUUAAGUAGAUUGUAUGAGUCUUGGGAGGAAAACUCAGAUAUUGGAUUUGUCAUGAUGAAGAGCAAUGGCAGGGCAUUCUGCUCUGGAGCAGACGUCGUCACACUUUAUGAGUUGAUUAAUGAAGGGAAGGUUGAGGAAUGCAAGAAGUUCUUCCAGACAUUGUAUAAAUUUGUUUACCUGCUAGGAACCUAUCUCAAGCCAAAUGUGGCUAUUUUGGACGGCGUUACAAUGGGAAGUGGGGCAGGUAUUUCGCUUCCAGGAAUGUUUCGCGUUGUAACUGAUAGAACUGUUUAUUCCUAUCCCGAGGCUCAAAUUGGUUUCCAUCCUGAUGCAGGGGCUUCUUAUUAUCUUUCUCGCCUUCCUGGCUACUUAGGGGAGUAUUUGGCUUUAACAGGGGAAAAGCUUGAUGGAGUAGAAAUGAUUGCUUGUGGUCUUGCUACCCACUAUUCACACAAUGAAAAGCUUCCUUGGAUAGAAGAACGCCUUGGUAAAUUGAUCACAGAUGAUCGGCUUGUCAUUGAAAAUUCUAUAGCUCAGUAUGGUAACCUUGUUUACCCAGAUAGUAGGAGUGUCCUACACAAGUUUGAGAAAAUCGAUAAAUGCUUUAGCCAGGAUACAGUUGAGGAAAUUAUAGAAACUCUGGAAAGAGAGGCAGCAGAAUCUCAUGAUGAAUGGUGCAAUACAGCUCUUAAUAAAAUAAAAGAAGCCUCGCCAUUGAGCUUGAAAGUGGCUUUGAAAUCAAUCAGAGAAGGCAGAUUUCAACCCCUUGAUCAGUGUCUAGUCCGUGAAUAUCGCAUAUCAGUUAAUUGGGUGUCCAAACGGGUGUCCGAUGACUUCUGUGAGGGUGUCCGUGCUAGAUUAGUUGACAAGGACUUUGCUCCAAAGUGGGAUCCAACACGGCUAGAGGAAGUUACCACCGACAUGGUUGACUGCUUCUUUAUCCCAUUAGAUGAAUUAGAACCUGAACUCAAUUUGGCCACUGCAAUACGAGAGCCUUCUAUGUGAUUCAUGUCAUGCUUUCCUCUGCACACGUGGUGUUUUAUACUCUAUUGGAUCCAUCACAGUAAUGGGACUGCAGAAGACAUUCCUAUCAAGAUGUUGGGUAGUUUUCAUUCCCUUGGAGCAGAUGAAAACGAUACGGCAAGCUGCAAAUUGCUAGUUUCCUUCAUCUUUUACUCUAGAUGAGACAUGUUUCUGAUGUUAGAGAGACCUCUGAAGAAUUGCUUUUAAUUUCAUGCAGAGGGCUCUCUGAUUUUGACUGAUUAGGUGUGUCCUUUGAUAGCGCUAGAGUUGGACUCUACAUCAUGAAAAGAAUAUCUUGUGAAACAAAUUACAAAUACCAUGGUACCUUAGGAAAAUUUUGCAUACAUUGGUAGUACCAUGGGUAAGUGGAGACAAUUUUUUUGCAGGAGCUAAUACCAAGUGCAGUGGUUUUAAUAGACUCUGGUUCACCUUUUGUUCUGUUGCAAUC